GCCUUCUGUCCUCCGUGGCGCUCCAGUGCCACUCUUUUGGCUCGCUCUGUCCUGCACGACUGCUAACUAAGCUGUCUCUCUAUCGGUUUCUGCCUCGUGGUUUCAGUUGUUCACUAAAUUUCGGCUGUCGUCUCCGCUAAUUAAUUUCUACAUUUGCCACUGGUAAUAGGAUCAAGAUGGGUCCAAGAAAGACUCGCGCACCAAAGGAGGAAGCCCAAAUCUCCCUGGGCCCUCAGGUCAGGGAGGGGGAAAUGGUAUUUGGCGUCGCCCACAUUUACGCCAGCUUCAACGAUACGUUCGUACAUGUGACGGAUUUGUCGGGGAGGGAAACUAUUUCUCGAAUCACCGGUGGAAUGAAGGUCAAAGCAGAUCGUGAUGAAGCUUCACCGUACGCAGCCAUGUUAGCGGCUCAAGACGUCGCCGAAAAAUGUAAGGCGUUGGGAAUCACUGCUCUGCACAUUAAAUUGAGGGCAACUGGAGGAAAUAGAACUAAGACUCCGGGACCUGGAGCUCAGUCUGCACUCCGAGCCUUGGCUCGUACUGGGAUGAAGAUUGGUCGAAUUGAGGACGUGACGCCUAUUCCAUCCGAUUCGACUAGAAGGAAGGGAGGACGACGUGGAAGGAGAUUGUAACCAUUUGUUUUUGAAAUACAACCGUCAGAUCGGGAUUCAAUCGUUUUACUUGAACUCUGGGCUAUUAUUAUUACAUCGUUUUUCAUUGUGUAAUCAAUUUAUGGUGGAGAAAGCAAAAUCGGUAAAAGUGAAUAAAUUGAAUUCUGGUUUAAAAAUA